UCUAAUUAUUAUCAUUGCUAAACAACAUCAACAAAUAGUCGAAUAUUUUUUGACUUCAAAUCAUCAUCAUCAUCAUCAAUACUCACAUUUUCAUUUUUCUGAUUGUAAAAUAUCCAAUGGCUGCUGCUACAACUACUAUCGAUCUGAUUAAUGAAAAUGUAUCAAUUGAACAACAAUCAAAAGAAAAAAUUUCUAAUGCAGAACUUGAAUUAUUAGCAAAACUUGAAGAACAAAACAGACUAUUGGAAACAGAUAUGAAAUCAUUAAAUUCAUUACAUUCAAAUCAUUCACGCCGAUCAUCAGAGACAUCUGAAAUAAGCAAUUCAGAACAAUUGAAUCAAUUGUGCAAUGGUAAUGCCGAUGAUAUAUAUCAAGUUUGGGGACAGAUAGUCAAUGAUUGGGCCAAUAUUUAUAAAAAACAAAAAACUCUUGUUCAGGAUUUGGUUCGUAAAGGCGUACCCACAAAUUUACGUGGCUUAGUUUGGCAAUUGCUGUGCAAUGUCCAUAAUAAUCGUGUUGCAGUACGAGAAAAAUAUGCACCAUUAUUAAAAUUUAGUUCGCCAUGUGAAAAAGUCAUUAAAAGAGACAUUCCAAGAACAUUUCCCGAACAUGAAUAUUUUAAAGAAAAAGAUUCGAUAGGACAAAUCGGUUUAUUUAAUGUUAUGAAAGCAUAUUCAAUUUUUGAUUCUGAAGUUGGAUACUGUCAAGGAAGUGCUUUUGUUGUUGGUUUAUUAUUGUUAAAUAUGCCGGAAGAAGAUGCUUUUACAGUAUUUCAAGCUUUAAUGUAUGAUUAUCGACUUAGAGAAAUGUUCAAACCAACUAUGGCUGAACUUGGCCUUUGUAUCUAUCAGCUUGAAUGUUUAGUACAGGAACUUUUACCCGAACUUUAUAAUCAUUUUCAACAACAAAACUUUCAUACAUCAAUGUUUGCAUCAUCCUGGUUUCUUACACUUUUUACAUCAAAUCUUCCUAUUCAUCUAUCUACACGAGUUAUGGAUCUGUUCUUAUCAGAAGGCAUUGAUAUCAUUUUUCGUCUUUCCAUUGCAAUCUUACAACUAUGUCGUGAUGAUUUGCUUAAACUUGAUAUGGAAGGCUUGCUUAAAUAUUUUCAAAAAGAAAUGCCUUUACGAUGCGACAUCGAUCCGGAUUAUUUAGUUCAUCUUGCUGUUAAUGUUAAAUAUGAUCAGAAAAAAAUGAAAAAAUUAUCCAAAGAUUACCAAACAAUCAAAGCUAAAGAACAAGAAGAGCUUGUUGAAUUACGGCGAUUACGUACUGAAAAUCGAUUACUUCGACAAAGGAUUGACAAUCUGGAACAUGAAAGCGGAGAAUUGGCAGACAAACUUAUACAGGGCCAGGUAAGCCGUGCUCAAGAAGCUGAAGAUAAUUUUGUAAUAAAACGAGAGCUUGCUGCCGCAAAAUUAUUGGAGCAAGAUUUACGCGGUGAAUUAGAGCAAGCAGCAAACACUAUAAUAGAGCUAAAAGAAAAACGGGAACUGAGCCAAUCCCUUGAAAAUAAAGAACAUCAACAAUUGAUUGAAUCAUUACAGGAGGAAUUGAUUGCUGUCAAAUUGCGUGAUGCUGAAAAUCAUGAAGAAAUGAAAAAUUUAAGAGAACGUAUCCGCCAACUUGAAGAAGAAAUCAAUCAUUUACGUCGUUUGCCAGCUGAUCACGCAACAGCUAAAUUACAAGAUGAAUUGUUAGCUGUCAAAUUACGUGAAGCUGAAGCCAAUUUAAGCAUCAAAGAAUUGAAAGAAAAAAUUGCUGAAUUACGAAUAAUGUGGAACGAACAUAUGUCAGCAAUGCAUCCUGAAAGUGCCGAAUCAUCUCAACCAAAUAGUUUGGAAAAUGGUUCCAAUGGUAAUUCAUUAAAUAGCAAUAGCUUGAACGGAACAUCAACUCCAUUACCUUCAUUAUCGGUUACAUCAAGUCCUUUGAAAAUACUCAGCGCUGUUAAGCGCAAUUCCGAUCAAGCAGUCGAAAUCAAUAAACUUAAAACAGAACUUAUGUCAGCAAAAUUACGAGAAGCUGAAGCAUUUUCUGAUCUAAAAGAAUUACGACAAAAAGUUAUGGAACUUGAAACACAAAACAAUGUCACUAUGAAUCAGAUCAGGCGUCAAGCUGAUGAAAUGAAAAAAUUACAAGAACAAUAUGAUGAUGUUCUCGAGCGAGAACGGCAAGCGCAUACGUUACUAAAUAAAGAAAAAAGUAAAUUUUCCGAUUUAGAUUUUCAAAUGAAAGAACAACAAAUGAUGAAACGAAUUAAAGAAUUGGAACAAACACAAUUAGUAGCUGAAUUAAGGCAGAAGAUAAGCUCGCUUGAAACAAAGAUUGAAGAAUAUGUAACCAAAUCAAAAUUAAGUGAAACUGACAUCGAACCACAGAAUUGUGGUGAAUUAUCCGAUCGUAUGGCUGAACUACAAACAGAAAUGUUUCGUCUUGAUGUCACAAAUAAAAAAUUACAUACAAUGCAACAACAAAAUCUAAUCGAACAGAAUGGUGAAAUCUAAAUACACAUUUGUAACUAAUCCAUGAUUGAUAACAAGACAAAUCAAAUCCAUCCAUCAACAAAUCAAUUAUUAUAAUGACCAACCUUAAAGUAUAUAUAUUACAGUGA